AGAGAGGAAAAAAUGAAUGUUGAGGGUGGGAAGGGGCAAAUAUUCCAGAAACUGCUAGAAAUAUCUGGUGGUCUCUUCGCCAUUUCAUCUUUCUCUAAAAUCUCCAAUCAAAUACUAAACCCUUGAGUAGAACAAGAGUAAGAAAUAGGAAAACUCCGGCGACGAAAGUAACAGAUCGCAACUGUAACGGAAAUGCCAUGGACGAUAUAGAUGCUGACAUGAUGGAGGCGGAGUCCACGGUGUCAAUGGAGCCACCGGUACCGCCACCGUCACCGUCACUACUGCAUUCAAGUUCAGACCAGGAUGGCGCCAUUAGAGGGAUGCUCACUGUGGCUCGUCAGCUUAUCGAUCAAGGCAGGCCUUCUCAAGCUCUUCAAGCGGUGGUGACGGCCAUGAGAACCAGAGGUGGUGAGCAGGCCAUAAUUCAAGCCCUUAAUCGUGCCCAGGAGCUGUACAGAAAUAAAGUACAGGCAAGUGUGGCUGCAGAUGAGCUGGCUUCUUUGUUUGCUGAGUGUGCCAUUGCUGAGGCCAUCCCUACUAUAUCCCAACCUUCUGAACAUAAUACAGUGGAUAAACCAAUUGAAGUAGACGCUCAUGGAACUUCAAUACUAUCUGAAACUGGCAGAAAACAGAUAAUGUUUGAUGCAUUCUCUGACGGAAGCAGCUUUGUUUGCCUACAAUGUGGUGGUCUGGUUAGCACCCAUCGCAAAGAUGAACACUACUCAUUCUGGUGUUGCAAAAAUUGAGUUAGCUUUCAACUUGAAUGUAUUUUAGCCAGUGAGUUUCUCUAGUAUUUGCUCUUGGCUCCAGAUCUAUGCUCUAACUAGGCAUGUUGCUGUAAGCAUUGCAUGGUAGCUGGAGUAAUGAAUGCACAGGUCGCACUGAAAGUUGUAUGGCUAUAGAUAUUGACAAUAGAAAUGUAUUCAGUUUCUUGGAGUAUGUUGUGCACUUUGUACUAUUCAAGAUGUUUUGAAAUAAUUGAAGCAUAUCCUUAUAGUGAGCUUGUAAUCA